CAGAACCCUCCUCCUGUCUCCUGUGCUCACAGCGCAUGCGCGCGGUCGUCAGCUGGGCGCCGAUGACGCAACAUCAUGGCGGCUUCCACUCUGAGCGUGCAGGGUGCUCUGCGGAGAGCAAUGGUCCCGUCUUUAGUGGUGAUUUUGGGAGCUACCGGCACCGGCAAGUCUAAGCUAGCGAUCGAGAUAGGAAAACGGCUUCAGGGGGAAAUAAUCAGCGCCGACUCCAUGCAGGUGUACCAGGGCCUGGACAUUGUCACUAAUAAGGUGACAGCUGAGGAGCGCAACCAAUGCACACAUCACAUGAUCGGCUUUGUGGACCCAUUAGUGAGCACCUACACGGUGGUAGACUUCAGGAACAAAGCGGUGGCACUGAUAGAUGACAUGCACAAGAGGAAAAAACUGCCAAUCAUUGUUGGAGGAACAAACUAUUACAUUGAGUCUCUGCUGUGGAAAGUCCUGUUGGACACUGGCCAGGAGAACAAGGAGCCGGGGGACGGAGGGGAUGGGUCUCCGAACAGGAAGCUCGAGCUCGAGAAACUGGGAGGAGCUGAGUUGCAUAAACGACUGGCCGAGGUGGACCCCGAUAUGGCUGCCAUGUUGCACCCAAAUGACAAGCGCAAGAUAGCCAGGAGUCUGCAAAUCCACAAAGAGACGGGGAUUCCACAUAGCCGCUUGCUGGAGGAGCAGAGGGGGCAGGAAGGCGGUGAUGGUCUUGGGGGGCCGCUAAGGUAUAAAGACCCCUGCAUCUUCUGGCUGCAUGCUGACAUAGAGGCUCUAGACAAGCGGCUGGAUGCUCGUGUAGAAGAUAUGUUGUCUGCAGGAGUGAUACAGGAGCUUAGAGACUUCCACAUCCGAUACAAUCGACAGAAAAUCCAGGACAGCAGUCAAGACUAUCAACAUGGGAUUUUCCAGUCGAUCGGUUUUAAGGAGUUUCACGACUACCUGACGGCUCCGGAAAGCAGCACCCAGCAGGAGAAAGACUCUCUACGAGACAAAGGUAUAGAAGCUUUGAAGAUAGCUACAAGGCGUUACGCCCGCAAACAGAAUAAAUGGGUCCGCAACCGCUUCCUCAGACGACCAGGGGACAACAUCCCUGCAGUGUAUGGCCUGGAUGUGACGGACGUGUCACGGUGGGAGGAGACGGUGCUGGACCCUGCACUGCAGAUACUGGACAGCCUCAGUAAGCAUGAGGAGCCAGCUAUUGCACCAGUCAGAGCGCAGGGGGCGGAGCAGAGAAACAAGCGGAGCCACCACAUGUGUGACCUGUGUGACAAAGUGAUCAUCGGUGACCUGGAGUGGACAGCUCACCUGAAAUCCAAGAAGCAUCACUAUCAUGUGAGGAAGAAGAGGAAGUGCGAUCCAUCCUGUGACCAGUCGCAGAGGACCAGCGCACCUUCCGACUCUGCAGCAGAGACUCUUUUAAAAGACUCUUGUGAUACUGUUGCUCCGGGCAGCGGUGAUCAGGACUCUUCUGGGACGACACAUGAGGAAGUACCAGUGACUCUUUAAAAAGCCUGCACUGACUCUGAUCCACAUCCAUCUUCACUCAGGUCUCCAUCCAGUACUUAUAUGAUUAAUUCCUGGUUUCCAUAGGAUCGAAUUUAUUUAUUAAUUCCUGAAUUCCAACAAAAAAUCCCUCCUUCAUAGAUGCUGAAGCCCUCGAGCUUCAGGUUCUUGCAGCAUUUUUUUUUCUUUUUCUUUCCAGUAGCAACACAGACCGAAGUGAAUGAAGUACAUGAUUUAUGGCGUGUGCAGGCAAAGAAUAAAAAAAACAAAUCAUAAUUUAUUUUUUAACACUGCCUGAAAAUCUAAUGUAAAUUUUAAGAGAGGUUUAUUUUUCUAUUUUUUAAGACUGUGCUGUAUAUACCACUGCUAUGGACUCUCUAGUUUGUCAGCAUUUCAGGCUUCAGGACAGAUUGUUAGUAUUAGGCCCGGUCACCUUUAUUUCAAAUAAACUCCCAAAGUUUUCUCAGCUCAUGCUCCGAACCUGUAAUCUUGUGACGUAAAAUAUUUUAUUAUUAAACAUAUUUUUAUUAAA